CACAGUCGCUCAUGAGCGUUAGUCGGUGUCAAACGCGUGAAGUUUUUUGUAACUAUUAGUAUACAUUAUAAAAUGUAUCAAUUCAUUUGGUAUAUAAAUAAAUACGCUGUAGUUAUUUUACUAUAAGUAAUGAAACUGAUAAAAUAAUCAGCAACUAUGGAAGGUAUAGAAAAAUUUAUUCCAACGGAUGCGGAUACCACUUUGGUUUUCUUCGUGAACGGAAAGAAGGUUGUAGAACUUUCUCCGGAUCCAGAAUGGACAUUACUUUGGUACCUUCGUCGUAAACUUCAACUGACUGGCACCAAAUACGGAUGUGGCGAAGGUGGCUGCGGUGCUUGCACUGUUAUGGUCUCCCAGUACGUGAGGAAUGAAAACCGAAUCAAGCAUAUUGCUGUAAACGCAUGUUUAACUCCAGUGUGUGCGAUGUAUGGUCAAGCGGUUACAACAGUUGAAGGGAUUGGAUCCACACAGGGUCGAUUACACCCGGUACAGGAACGCAUUGCUAAAGCUCAUGGGUCUCAAUGUGGCUUCUGCACUCCCGGCAUCGUCAUGUCCAUGUACGCUCUAUUGAGAAAUAAGCAAAAGGUAGAAUACAAAGAUAUAGAAACAUCAUUACAAGGGAAUCUCUGCAGAUGUACUGGUUAUAGACCAAUCAUUGAAGGAUUCAAAACGUUUAUGGAAGGAUGGGUAAGAUCUUAUACAAAUGACAAUACAAGCACCUGUAAAAUGGGAAAAGAUUGUUGUCGUAAUAAAAAGAGUGAAUGUAAGGAACAAACACUGUUUAAUACAUCAAAGUUUCAGCCGUAUGAUUCAACACAGGAGCCCAUUUUCCCACCAGAAUUAAAGUUGAAUGAUCAUUAUAGUGACUCGUUUACCUUUUUUAAAGGUGAAAAUGUAGUAUGGAUUAGGCCAAAAACCUUAAAUGAUUUACUCGUAAUUAAAAGUAAAUUUCCAGAGAGUAAGAUAGUUGCUGGUAAUACUGAAAUAGGAGUAGAAAUGAAAUUUAAGAAAAGGGUUUAUCCGAUUUUACUACAUCCACAAUUGAUUAAAGAAAUGAGCGUUUGUAAAAUUACAAAUGGAGGAAUUGUAAUUGGUGCAAAUAUUAAUUUAAGCGAUUUACAUGACAUAUUGAAAAUUGAAAUUGCAAAGAAUAUAGCAAAGGGAAAGACGUUUGUAUCUAUCACGGAAAUGCUUGAUUGGUUUGCUGGUAGUCAGGUGCGCAACGUAGCUACUCUAGUUGGCAAUAUAGUGACAGCAAGUCCAAUAUCAGAUCUGAAUCCCAUACUGAUGAGUUGUUCUGCAAUUCUUAAUGUUUACAGUAUACUAAAAGGCCAUAGAAAUAUAAUAAUUGACGAAGACUUCUUUGAAGGCUACAGAAAAACAGCAAUAAAAAAUGAUGAAGUUGUUAUAUCAGUGGAAAUUCCUUUUACAAAAGAUAGACAAUUUGUCAAAGCUUACAAACAAGCAAGAAGAAGAGAUGACGACAUAUCGAUUGUUACUGCAGCUUUCAAUAUAACCCUGGAAAAUAAUACUUUGAUAAAAGACGCAAGGCUGUGUUUCGGAGGAAUGGGACCAACAACAAUUUGUGCAAAGAAUACAUCACAUUCAUUAAAAAGUUUAUAUUGGAGUGAACAAACCCUCAAUUUUGUAUUCGAUGCUUUGACUCGAGAAUUGGAACUUGAUGCUUCUGCACCUGGUGGUAUGGCUGAUUAUCGCAAAUCAUUAUGUUUGAGUCUAUUUUACAAGUUUUUCGUUUAUGUAUCACAGACAAUGACUAAUAAAAACAACAAAGAAAAUGAUCACAAUGGCAUGGAUAAGCAAAUGAGCGCUAUUGAAUAUUUACCCACAGUCAAACCUUUGAGUUCUCAGUAUUUUGACAUACAAAACAAUGAUAGGAAAUUAUCUGAUUCUAUUGGCCAACCUAUACCUCAUGUAUCUGCAUUAAAACAUGCAACAGGUGAAGCUAUUUAUUGUGAUGAUAUACCGCAAGUUCAAGGAGAGUUGUUCCUCACAUUAGUAUUUAGUACCGAAGCAUAUGCAAACAUAAUAAAUAUUGAUGCUAGUGAAGCUUUAGCUGUACCUGGAGUAAUAGCAUUUCUAUCGGCUAAAGACUUAGACGAAGAAGGAAAUAAAAUGGGUCCAAUAUUCAAAGAUGAAGAAAUAUUUUCAAGGCACAUGGUUACUAGCCGUAAUUGUGUUAUUGGAGCUGUCGUUGCUACUACUGAAGGCAUAGCUAGGAAAGCCAAAGAUUUAGUAUCGGUGACUUAUGAAAAACUUAAACCUGUAAUUAUUACUUUAGAAGAUGCGAUUGCUCACAAAUGUUUCUUUGAUGGUUAUCCCAGAACUCUAAAGAAGGGUAAUGUUAAAGAAGUAUUUAAAUAUUCCAAAUACAAUAAAGAAGGCAUCAUAAGAAGUGGAGCACAGGAGCACUUUUAUUUAGAAACAAUGUCAGCAUUUGCAACCAGAAAAGAAGAUGAAUUGGAAAUAAUCUGUACAACACAACACCCCGCCGACAUUGCCCGUAUAGUCUCAGAAGCUCUCCAUAUAUCGAACCACAAAAUAGUAUCUAAAGUGAAAAGAAUCGGGGGAGGGUUUGGUGGCAAGGAAACCAGAGCCGCAAUUUUGGCAGUGCCUGUGGCGUUGGCAGCUUAUAAACUGAAGAAACCCAUACGAUCUGUUUUGGAAAGGGAGGAAGAUAUGCAAAUAACAGGGUACAGACAUCCAUGCCUCAUCAAAUACAAAGUGGCAUUCAACGACGAUGGAAAGAUAGCAGGAGCUACAUUCGAUAUUUAUGCUAACGCUGGAAAUUACAUGGAUAUAUCAUGUUCGAUGAUGGAGCGUGCUAUAAUGCACGUUGAUAACUGUUACUUUAUACCAAAUUUAGAAGUAAACGGAUAUGUUUGCAAAACAAACAUGCCUUCGAACACGGCAUUUAGAGGUUUUGGUGCGCCUAAAGCAAUGUUAGCGACAGAGAGUAUGAUCAGAGAUAUAGCAUCGACACUUGGUAAAAGUUACGAAGAAAUAGUUCAAUUGAAUCUUUACGGCGAAGGACAUUUGACACACUUUAAUCAGCAGCUUACGUAUUGUACUUUAUCGAAAUGUUGGUUUGAAUGUAUUGAAACGUCUGACUACUACAGAAGAAAGGACGAAGUUGAAGAGUUUAACAGGUCUAACAGGUGGAAGAAGAAAGGAAUUGCCAUUUUACCGACAAAAUACGGCAUCUCCUUUCAGAAUGAUCUUCUUAUGCAAGGAGGUGCACUUGUGUUAGUUUACAACGAUGGAUCGGUUCUUUUAUCCAUUGGAGGUAUAGAGAUGGGACAAGGCCUAUUUACUAAAAUGAUACAAGUAGCGUCAAAGGCUUUAGACAUAGAUGUUUCCCUAAUUCAUAUUAGUGAAAUGGCAACGGAUAAAGUACCAAAUAGCUCGCCUACCGCCGGCAGUAUAAGCUCCGAUUUGUAUGGUAUGGCUGUUAUCAACGCUUGUAAUACCUUGAAGGAAAGAUUACAACCGUACAAAGUAAAAAAUCCAAAUGGCAAAUGGGAACAUUGGGUUUUAGCAGCAUAUCAAGACCGAAUAAGUCUUGCUGCGACUGGCUUUUAUGCUGCGCCUAAAAUUGAAUACAAUCGUGAAACAAAUUCUGGAAAUUUGUAUGAAUAUUUCACAUAUGGAGUUGCAUGCUCUGAAGUUAUUAUAGACUGUCUAACAGGAGAUCAUCAAGUACUAAGAACAGAUAUCGUAAUGGACCUAGGCGAAAGCUUAAACCCAGCUAUUGAUAUUGGUCAAAUAGAAGGGGCAUUCACACAAGGUUAUGGUUUUUAUACAUUGGAAGAAAUGGUAUUUUCGCCAAAUGGUGAAGUUUUGUCUCGUGGACCAGGGGCUUACAAAAUUCCUGGAUUUUCUGAUAUACCGAAGAUUUUUAACGUUUCAUUAUUGAAAGGAGCUUCUAAUCCUAGAGCUGUUUAUUCUUCCAAGGCUGUCGGGGAGCCACCGUUGUUCCUAGCCGCGUCAAUAUUUUUCGCAAUUAAAGAAGCAAUAAAGUCAGCACGCAAUGACGCAGGUGUGAUGCCUGACUUUACGUUGGAAGUACCUGCAACAUGUGCUCGUAUUAGAAUGGCCUGUGAAGAUGACAUUACUAGACAGGUGAUAGAACCGAAUCCAGAUCCAGAGUGGACACUGCUAUGGUAUUUGCGGAAGAAACUUCGCCUAACCGGCACCAAGCUGGGGUGUGCCGAGGGAGGCUGCGGAGCCUGCACAGUCAUGGUCUCCAAGUACAACAGGAAGGAGAAAGAAGUCGUUCACCUAGCCGUAAACGCUUGUUUGGCCCCGGUGUGUGCGAUGCAUGGAUUAGCUGUCACCACUGUUGAAGGCAUUGGUUCUACUAAGACCAAACUCCAUCCUGUUCAGGAACGAAUCGCCAAAGCUCACGGUUCCCAGUGCGGUUUUUGUACACCUGGCAUAGUUAUGUCCAUGUAUGCGUUACUGAGAACUUGUAAAAAUAUUAAAUAUUCCGAUAUGGAAAUUGCUUUUCAAGGUAAUCUUUGUAGAUGCACAGGCUACAGAGCCAUUAUAGAGGGGUACAAAACAUUCCUCGAAGGCUGGGAAGCUAGCAGGGUCACCAACGGUAGUAACGGUAUUCAAAAUGCAAAUGGUGUAUGUGCUAUGGGGAAAGAUUGCUGCAAAAAUAAAACUAAUGAAGAGGAGGAUAAUAGUGAAGCUAGAUACAUAUUUGAUAGGUCUUCAUUUCUGCCUUACGACUCUAGCCAAGAGCCCAUUUUCCCACCAGAACUGAAGUUAUCAUCAGUUUAUGAUGAACAAUACCUGAUAUUCAAAGGAAAAAAUACAAUUUGGCAUCGCCCUACGGGAAUCGAUAGAAUCUUGGAACUUAAAGAACAACAUCCCGAUGCUAGAAUAGUAAUCGGGAACACUGAAGUUGGAGUUGAGGUAAAGUUCAAACAAUGUGUGUAUCCUGUAAUUAUAAUGCCAAACUGUAUUCCAGAGAUGAACAAUAUUAUUGAAACAAACACGGGGUUAAUUGUCGGUGCUUCUGUUACACUAAACGAGUUAGAUAACACUUUUAGAAAACAUAUAGAUACUUUACCACAAUACAAGAGUAGGACAUUGAAAACCAUAAUUGAAAUGUUGAAUUGGUUUGCUGGCAAACAAAUUCGAAACGUCGCAGCUAUAGGAGGUAACAUCAUGACGGGCAGUCCUAUCUCUGACUUAAAUCCUAUACUGAUGACUUUGAAGGUGAAGCUUAAUCUUUUGAGUCGAAAAGAUGGACGGCGAUCCGUGCUAAUGGAUGAAAGUUUCUUUACUGGCUAUAGAAGAAACGUCGUCAAACCGGAUGAAAUAUUGCUUUCUGUUGAAAUUCCGUUCACGGCACGAUAUCAGUAUGUCAAAGCAUACAAACAAGCUAAAAGACGUGAAGACGACAUUGCUGUUGUAACAGCUGCUAUAAAUGUUGAAUUCAAAGAAAACACGAACGUUAUUGAAAACAUUAAUUUAGCUUUCGGCGGCAUGGCUCCUGUAACUAAAUUAGCUACUAAAACUGGCCAAGUAUUAAGAGGCAAAAAAUGGAAUGAACAGAUGCUAGAAAAAGCUUUCGAAGUAAUGUUAGAAGAGUUACCAUUGAGCCCUUCAGCACCUGGAGGCAAUACUCAGUUCAGGAGAGCCUUAACAAUGAGUUUAUUUAUGAAAUCAUAUUUAGCGAUAGCCAAAGAAAUGUCAAAAGACUACAUUCACGAAGAACUCAUUAAACCGUAUCACAGCAGUGGAGCGGACCAAUUCCAUGGGACUAUGCCAAAGAGUUCACAAUAUUUUGAAUUGGUUGGGGAUAAACAAAUUCCAAGUGAUGCUGUCGGAAGACCAUUAACGCAUAGAUCCGCAUACAAGCAAGCAACAGGCGAAGCAAUAUAUUGUGAUGAUAUGCCCACCGCUGAAGGGGAAUUAUACCUAGCUUUUGUUUUAAGUACAAAAGCUCACGCCAAACUACUGUCCGUAGAUCCUCAACAAGCUUUGGAGGAGCCUGGCGUAGUUGCGUUCUAUUCAGCUAAAGAUUUGACACGUGAACAGAACACAAUAGGACCAAUUGUUCACGACGAAGAGUUAUUUGCCUCUGAAAAAGUUAUAAGCCAAGGUCAAACCAUUGGAGUCAUAGUAGCAAAUGAUCAGGCUACAGCACAAGCUGCUGCUAGAAAAGUUAAAAUAGAAUACGAGGAAAUACAACCGAUUAUAGUCACUAUAGAAGAUGCUAUAAAACAUAAUUCUUUUUAUUCUCAAUACCCUAAAACAAUUCGACGAGGAGAUGUAAAUACGGUUUUUGAAGAUAAGAGUAACGUAGUAAUUGAAGGAGAGUGUCGUAUGGGGGGCCAAGAACAUUUCUAUUUGGAGACACACGCCUCAUUUGCCAUUCCAAAGAAAGAAGAUGAUGAAAUGGAAAUAUUCUGUUCGAGUCAACAUCCUUCUGAAAUAGCAAAAUUGGUCAGUCAUAUUCUACGUGUGUCUAUGAACAGAAUAGUGGCUCGAGUUAAGCGAAUAGGUGGUGGAUUUGGGGGCAAGGAAUCGCGUGGUAUACUGGUAGCUCUACCAGUAGCCUUAGCAGCUCAUAAACUAAAUAGACCAGUGCGGUGCAUGCUGGACCGCGAUGAAGAUAUGCAGAUGACGGGGACGAGACACCCAUUCUUAAUAAAAUACAAAGUAGCAGCAACCAAAGAAGGGAAAAUUAUGGGUGCUGUGGUUAAUAUGUACAGUAAUGGAGGAUAUUCUAUUGAUUUAUCUGGGCCAGUGGUUGAGAGAGCAAUGUUCCACUUUGAAAAUUCGUAUUAUAUACCUCAUUGUGAAGUAACUGGGCAUAUUUGUAGGACAAAUUUGCCUUCCAAUACAGCUUUUAGAGGUUUUGGUGGUCCACAAGGAAUGUUUGGUGCAGAAAAUAUGAUCAGAGACAUCGCCCAAGCUUUAAACAAAAGUGCAGAGGAGAUAGCCAAAUUAAAUUUGUAUCAAGAACAUUUAACAACACAUUACGGGCAAGUUCUAACACACUGUACAUUGCAGAAGUGUUGGGAUGAAUGUGUAGAGAAGAGCAAUUUAGCACAAAGAAAAAUUGAUAUUGAAAACUUCAACAAGGAACACAGGUGGCGAAAGCGUGGUAUUUCAAUAGUGCCAACGAAAUUCGGGAUCGCCUUUACUGAAAAGUUGUUGAACCAGGCCGGAGCCUUAGUGAUCGUUUAUGUCGAUGGCUCGGUGCUGCUUUCGCAUGGCGGAACUGAAAUGGGACAGGGUCUCCACACAAAGAUGAUUCAAGUUGCUUCACGCGUUCUAGGCAUUGAUGUUUCUAAGAUACACGUUACAGAAACGGCAACUGAUAAAGUACCGAAUACAUCAGCUACAGCCGCUAGCGCUGGAUCAGAUCUUAACGGCAUGGCUGUAUUGGAAGCGUGUCAAACGCUCGUAAAACGUCUUCAGCCAUUUAAAGAGGCCAACCCUAAUGGAACAUGGGAACAAUGGGUCUCAGCGGCGUUCGUAAAUAGAGUGAGUCUUUCCGCUACUGGAUUCCACGCUACUCCGGAUAUAGGGUACGACUUCAAGAACAAUAGUGGGAAGCCAUUCAAUUAUUUCACUUACGGCGUUGCUGUUACAGAAGUUGAAAUCGAUUGUCUUAGUGGCGAUCAUCAAGUCCUUCGAAGUGAUAUCGUUAUGGACUUGGGUGAAAGUAUAAAUCCCGCCAUAGAUAUAGGACAAAUAGAAGGUGCUUUCGUUCAAGGCUAUGGCCUGUUCACCAUUGAGGAACUGAUUUAUUCCCCCACUGGAACAUUAUAUUCACGGGGCCCUGGUGCCUACAAGAUUCCUGGUUUUGGUGAUAUUCCAAUAGUAUUUAAUGUUUCCCUAUUGAAGGGUGCACCAAACCCACGAGCUGUUUACUCUUCGAAGGCUGUAGGCGAGCCGCCUUUAUUCCUAGCGAGCUCUGCUUUCUUCGCCAUCAAGGAGGCUAUCCGGGCCGCUCGUGCAGAUGCGGGGGUAUCGCAGGAGUUCCGCCUAGAGGCUCCAGCCACCUCUGCACGUAUAAGGAUGGCGUGCGAAGAUCAUAUCACUAAAAAGCUGGACCAACCGGAUCCCAACAGCUUCGUGGCAUGGAAUGUAGUUCCGUAGAAUAAAUGCAAAAUAAGGUGCCUAAUGCUGGUUGUGAAUGUCAAACUCUGUUUUACGUAGUAAAUAUUAUGUACGUAAUAAUAAAA